CUUCAACAUUCACCAACCACCAGCGUAGCAUAACAAAGGGCGAGCACCUGAGCAAGGAACCCUUUAUCUCACUUUCCCACUAUCACAUCGCCUACUUGGAAGUGCUGCUUCUUCGACUACAAUCCUAAAAUGGCUAGCGUUAAUCCUAAAGCUUUCCCCCUCGCUGAUGAAGCCCUUACCCAGAAAAUCCUCGAUAUCGUCCAACAGGCAUCUCACUACCGCCAGUUGAAAAAGGGGGCGAACGAAGCAACCAAAACUCUCAAUCGAGGUAUCUCUGAAUUCAUUGUACUCGCGGCUGAUACCGCUCCUUUGGAGAUUCUCCUCCAUCUUCCCCUCCUCUGCGAAGACAAGAACGUCCCCUACGUCUUCGUUCCUUCUAAGAUUGCACUUGGACGUGCAUGUGGUGUUUCCAGGUCUGUGAUCUCGGCUAGUGUUACCUCAAAUGAGGCUUCGGAAUUGCAGGGCCAGAUUAGGUCCGUCAAAGAAAAAAUUGAGAGGUUGCUCAUUUAAGGUGCCUAGCUAGGUACGGUUCAAGUUGUGUAGUUGUGAAUAGAUAGAUAUUUCACUUGUAUCAUGAAAAUCAACGUCUACUCUCCA